AUGGCCUCCCCCGGCCGUGUCGACAACUGCCUCGUCUGGUACACGGCUACCCCCAUCAAGGCUCUCAUCAAUACCAGGUGGCGACAAGCUGCCACCCUACUCAAAUAUUGGGCCGAAUCCCCUGCCACCGCCACCAUCUCCACCGCCCGUUCCAAAGAAACGCAGACGAACAGAUACACCGUCGAGCAUAACAAGAUGUUGUGUGGACUACUUCGGCUCAUGGCUGAGAAAGAGAAGAGCAUGAGAGACUUGAUGGCCGAUAUGGAGGCGAAAGAGGCGGUCGUAGACGAAAAGGUUGCCAGCCUGACGUUGCUACUAACAGAGGUGCAAGAGAGGGAGGCGGCCUUGCGUGAGGCUGCCGGUAUGCAGUCGGUGGAGCAAGGACGGGAACGUGUAAAAGGACCUGGGGCCUCCGAGGCUUCAACUCUAUCUCCUACACCUUCUACUGCAUCCGCGUCCUCAAACAUCUCGGACCGCAUUCAAUCACAUAUAAACAAGCAGAUCGACGAGCUGCGCGAUGAGAUCGCCGGCGAUUACCCUACCAGGCACGAAGUUGAUCUUUGGUUGAGCGCAUAUGUGGAGGAGGAUGAAUUAGAUGACGCGGUUCGCACAACUCUAGAUACUGCGAUGGAGAGGCUUAAGUCGCAGCUGAGAGAAGCUUUGGAAUAG